GAGUACCAUUGCCGUAUCAUAAUCUGUCAGAAAAAACAAACAAAACAAAACAAUAUUCAAAUCAAAAACCCAAACCCCCCGCAUAAGGAUUCACCCAAUUUCUCAUUCUCCUUCCACUUCUUAUGGCCACCGAAACAGAUCCCACGAAGCACUCCAACGGAAGCCUUUGUGGCAGAGGACACUGGAGGCCCGCCGAGGACACCAAGCUUAAGGAACUCGUCGCCCUUCAUGGCCCUCACAACUGGAACCUCAUCGCCCACAAGCUCCAAGGCAGAUCUGGGAAGAGUUGCAGAUUGAGAUGGCUAAACCAACUGGACCCCAGGAUUAACCGAACGGCCUUCACGGAACAGGAAGAGGAGAGGUUAAUGCAGGCACAUGGAAUUUACGGCAACAAAUGGGCUGUGAUUUCUAGGCUUUUUCCUGGAAGAACUGAUAAUGGUGUGAAGAAUCACUGGCAUGUUAUAAUGGCUAGAAAGUGUAGACAACAACACAUCGCUUCUUACACGAGGAGGAACCGAUUCUCUCAACCGCCGCCGCCGCCCUCCUCCGGUGGUGGUUUGGAAGGGGGUGAACCGGCGUUCAUCGACUUUCUUGGAGUAGGAGGCAGAUGAUUGAAGGCGUUUAGGAAGGCAAGGAAGAGCAGAGUUGGUGAGAAGAUGGGCGUGGUCCAAUAUUUGGGUUGGGCUGUUGGAGUGGUGAAAAGAUCCGCAGUCAGUGGGUGAGUGAGUGAGUGAGUGAGUGAGUGAGUGAGUGAGUGAGUGAGUGAGUGA